CGGUUUGGAGCGGCUGCCGGAGCAGGGCCCGGGCGGAGCAGGCGGCGGCGGCUCGGAGGAGCGGAGCGGAGCGGCCGGGAUGGCGGUGGACACGCGGCUCCUGGAGGGUCUGACCCUGUGUCAGCUCAACGAGCUGCUGGAGGACGAGGAGCAGCUGCAGGGCCUGGCCCUGGGGAUGGACGAGGCCCAAAAUGUUCAGCUUAGCAAGGAAAUGACUCUUGCCAGCAACCGUAGUCUGGCUGAGGGCAAUCUUUUGUACCAACCAAAAUUGGACUCUCUGAAAGCAAGUUUGAACCAGAAAUAUCAGGAGCUGCAGGUUCUUUUUGAAGCAUAUCAGAUCAAGAAAACCAAGCUAGAUAAACAAUCCAGCAGUGCUUCCCUGGAGACACUAUUAGCACUUCUUCAAACAGAGGGGGCAAAGAUUGAAGAAGACACUGAGAAUAUGGCAGAAAAGUUUCUUGAUGGUGAAGUAUCGCUGGAUUCAUUCAUUGAUGAAUACCAGAGCAAACGUAAACUGGCUCACUUGCGACGUGUAAAAAUCGAGAAGCUCCAAGAGAUGGUGCUGAAGGGACAGAGACUUCCACAGGUUCAGCAGCAGCCUCAGCCAAGAGCACCUGAGACAACACCAGCACCUCAAACUUCCUACUCUUCAGAUGCAAACACUCCUCCCUCAGUUAUGCCCCGACGAAUACCACCCCCACCUCCUCCAUCAGUCCCAGCAGGACGCCUCCCCACUCCAUUUACUGCAGCCAUGGAUUCAGGACCAGCUCUUCCUUAUCCAGGAGUUCCAUACCCUCCUCUUCCCCCACGAGUGGGAGUUCAGUCUGCAGGUCAAAUGCCACAGCCAGGAUACCCAUCUCAGUUUGUAUCACAAUUCCCUCCAGCACUGCCCCAAAGACCACCACCUCGUCUUCCACCACAUCCUGGCUUUAUCUUACAGUGAAUACAUCAGUGCGCCUAACUCAUGUAUUGGUGCUUAAAUUUUAGUCCUUUCUCGCUCCCUCUCAGAGAUUUAAUAUAGGCAAUGGAAAACCUCUGUGCUUUGCACAAUGGAACACAAAGUUUGGCCUGCAACAUGGGGUUGUGAAAUUGCACUCAGUAAAUAAUCAUUUUCUUUUCUGUUUCUUAAAAUCAGUGACUAUGUAAACUAUUUUUUGUAGGAGGGUGGUGGGGCCGAAUUUUGUAAAUCUGGCAAGUUGUGAAACAAUGCAGUGGAUUUGUUUGCAUUAUAAGUAUGGUCUCAAUACUUCAGUGAUGGUAAAUGAUUUUAAGGAAAAUAAUAUACUUGUCUGACAUGGUAUUGUGUUCUCAUUCCGGCUAGAUUUUAAGCAUGGUUAAUCGUGAGCUAUUUAUAUCUCAAAAGAAUUUUCUGUGCUGUCUGUGCUGGUAUUUGAGUGGUAACCAUUGUAUCUAAAUGCUAAGCAUAAAGCUGCAGUGGAAAUGACCUGGAUUCUUUGAAAUAAACCCAAGGCUCCACAUUGGUGGCCGGGUACACUAACUUUUUUCUCCGAUCCUGCUAAUCAGAAAAUGUUCGGUAGCUUAUUUUGAAAAAUAUUAAUUCUUAAAAUAUUUUUAACUCCUAAAUUUGUUGUUGUUUUGGGUUUUUCACAAUAAAAAUGCACACCUUUCACUUCUGUACAUUGUUAAUUUCCUGAAAGUCCCGGUCUUUUGAAAUAAGUAACCGAAUAUCUUUCUCUGUUAGGUGAUUGAUCCUGGAAGCCAGGUAAAGAAAACUAUUUGUAGUGCCAGUUCAUAUUUUUGUAGAAACUUCACCGUCCACACCCUCUUGAACCUAGUCUCACCAGCCUCCUUCUGUUUUCCCCACUUUCCUGCCUUGCUGUUAGGGUAGCUGCUUACUUUUAGCUUAAUUUGUCCUUCUCAUGCCAUGGGUUUAAGAAGCAAUUUUUUUUUACACAAGUGUAACUUUUGAUGUUGUCUUGUGAUUUCAGUACCCAGAGUGCUAGGCCUAAAUUUCUCUUAAUCCAGCACUGGGCAGUCAUCUCAUUUGGUGCCCAUUCAGAGUCCACAAACGCGUAUUCUCAACCUCCCUGCUCUGUCUCUUAUUUAGAGGCACUUCUUGCCCCUAGACACCAUCAUCUUCUGUCCUACAGUGUUUGAAAUUCUUUUCCAUCUGAAAUGUACAAUUAACCUUCCCUCCACUAGUCAAAACACUCUAGGAUGGCUGUUUGCAUCUUGCUUAAUUUGUCCUCCCAUUCCCAUGCCAUUUGGGGCAGAAGUGGGAUCUCUACACAAGUUUAGCUUUGAUGUCAUUGUGUGACUCCUGGAACCAGGGCCCUAGGCACAAGCCCAUGUCUUAAUCAGCCCUGAGCAGCCAUAUUGUUUGAUGACUAAUCAAAAUUCCGCAAACUCAUAUUCCCAGCCUCUCCCAGCCUGUCAACCUUUGCCCUUCCACUAAUUAGAACAGUGAUGUAAGAAACCUAGUUCAGAAUCUGCUGCAUCUUGUAUGUGGAGAUAGACUUUUUCAAAGCACCAUCUCCCACUGUCCGGGAGAGUGUUAGAUUGCUUAGAAGGCUCCAGUGCCUUUUUUCUGAUAAGGGUAAAACAGAUUAUUUAUUUGAUUUCUCCCCUUCGGCCCCCAUUCUAUGUAAACCCUCUGACUCCCAAUUAGUUAUUUCCCCCUGAAGUUUGAUAGUUGCUAAUAAUAAAUAAUCUCAUAACAGGAAACCCUCUGGUCUGAAAAUAGGACUACAUGGCUAACUCUCCCAUUGGAAGAUCAGAGACUGCAGAUGGGUACCUGAACAGCUCCCCCUACAUAAAUCUGGAAAGGGUGGGGGGGGAAUUUUGUAAACGUAGCAAGUUGUGAAACAAUGUGCAGUGGAUUUGGUUGCAUAAGUAUGGUCUCUCUCUCUAAUCUAGUGGUGGUACAUGAUUUUUUAAAGUGUCUUUUCUUGGUAUUGUGUUGCCAUUGAGGCUUCAUAUAUGCAUGAUUAAUUGUGAACUCUGUCUUUCACUAAGAAUGUCCUGUGCUACCAGUGCUAGGAUCUGGCUAGUAACCAUUGAAUCUGAAUGCUGAGCAUAAAGCCGCUAUAGAACUAAUAAACCCAGGUCUAGAGCUACCAGAUUGAUAGAUGGGUACAAAACCGCUAAACGGACACUCAGAUUAGAUUUGCUAAAGCUUUGUAAAAAUAACCAGGUAGAUUUUAUGCUUAUCAAUUGCCAAUUUAUUUUCUGGGUUAAAAAAUUCCCCAGAAACGAUGGCGGGGAUGAGAUAAGCGUAUUUUGAAUUUUG